AUGCUUAGCGCUUUGUUACAGACAUUCUUAACCUCAAUAUCACUGUCGGCAAUAGCCACAAAUGGAGUUGUACCGGGUGGUGGUCCUUACUAUAUGAUCUCCCGCAAUCUUGGCCCAGAAUUUGGCGGUGCUGUUGGUAUACUAUUUUAUUUGGGUACGACGGUGGCUGCGUCAAUGUACAUCACUGGAGCUGUUGAAAUAUUAAUUCUAUAUCUUGUGCCAGCAGCAAAAAUUUUUGACAAUGUUUACAACUGCUUUCGGAUAUUGGGCACAGGACUACUGUUUAUAUUAGGCUUGAUAGUGCUGGCUGGAGUCAGGGUAUGCUUUCGCUACAAAAAUUUCGAUUUUGUUUUGCUACCUACUCUCUGA